GAAUCUAAAGUGUCAAACUAAUCCACACAAUCAGGUAUUGGCUACCAGGCCCUUCCUCGCUUCUCUCUCGCACGCAAGAACCGAUUGAAAGAGAUACUCUACUCUGCACCUUCGAAACUCACCUUUCUCACAAUAUCUCUUCUCCUUGUCUUCAACCCCAUAGAGACCCACUUUUGGCGCCAUCCCCUAUUUGUGUUCAGAUUCAGUAUCGAUGUCCUUCAUUCAGACAGUAAGCCCAUCAACCACAGAGACGCUUCACAGUUCUUCACUUGCAAAGAUGACAUCUCACACACCCACUGAAUCUAUCCUUUUUUCCUUCAGUUGAUUUGCUGUAGUGAGUUGAGCAUUCUUCUUCUGUGCCAGGUUGGCCUUUAAAUUAAAGAGAGAAGAAAUUGCAGAAUAAAGUUAAAAAGGGACUUUGUUUCAUGCAAUUGCUUGGUAGAUGGACUGGCUACUGGUUAUCCUGUCAUUAAUUGUACUCUGGAUUGCAUCUUUGUGCAAAAUUAUCCAUACAUCAAGCUCUCCUUCAAGGACCUUUUUUUUGAGCAAUGGUGGAGCUUUUUGCAAGAAAAAUGUCCUGCUGGUUGUUGCUCACCCUGAUGAUGAAUCCAUGUUCUUUUCUCCAACAAUAAGCUAUCUGAUUUCGAGAGGGCAUAACCUUCACAUUCUAUGCUUGUCAAUCGGUAAUGCAGAUGGUAUGGGAAAUGCUAGGAAACAUGAACUCUAUAAAGCUUGUGCUGUUCUCAAGGUUCCACUUCAAAAAGUGAAUGUGUUGGACCGCCCGGAGUUACAGGAUGGUUUUGGCCAAAUUUGGGACCACAACUUAUUGGCACGGAUCAUUAAAGAAGAGGUCUCGAGACAUGAAAUUGAUGUGAUUAUUACUUUCGAUGGGUAUGGUGUUUCAGGUCAUUGUAAUCAUUGUGAUGUGCAUUAUGGUGUACGCAGGCUUUUACAAGAAAAUCCACAAAGUCUUCAAGCUUGGGAACUUGUCAGCACCAACAUAUUUCGCAAGUAUAGCGGACCAAUUGAUAUUUGGCUGUCUAUGCUAUUAGCUAUCAAAGACACUGAUAGAAUGCAUUGCUUGCUAAAUGAGCAGCCUAAGAAAAGCUUCCAUGCAAUGUCAGAACACUCAAGUCAAUGGGUUUGGUUUCGGAAGCUUUUUGUUUCAUUUUCCAGUUAUACGUAUGUGAACACUCUGAGGAAGAUCAAUGUAUAGGUAUUUGUGGGGAUUUUGGCAUGAUUUACCAUCUUAUUAGCUCACAUUCUCUUUGAUCUUCAUCCACAUCAGCUGAUUUUUUGAUCUCAUUCUUUUAGCACUGAUAAAUGCUGAUAAAGUCUACACAGAACAUUCUUAGUUAUAGGAUUGCUUGCUAGCUAUUUAUUUGUGUUUUGAGGUGUGAAUUAUUCGUCAUAAUCAAAUAAAUGAAUUAAAUUGGGUGAAA